AUGGACUUCCAAAGCGUGAAUCCUUUGAAUGUCCGAUUGAACAUAAUCUCGGGUAAUCUACUGACGAUGACCGCCGACAACACGUCGUUUUCGACUCACUGGCGCAUUUACAGCGUCCUCAUGUGGUUGUUACAAAUAGUCAUAGAGAUCGCGUUAAUCUUCGGAUGCUUGUAUGUGCCAAAGGAGAAGGCUCUGCAAGACGGCAUGAUUUGCAUCGUGGUCUCCGCGGAGAUGUUCUUCAUUUUCCUACGACUCCACGCUUGCAGGGACCUAGAGGCUCAAGUAAUUCGCCGUAUAAAUGACAUUCUGCGCGUCGCGGACGAUACUAUGAAGAGCAUCGUGAUAACAACCAUGCAACCGGUCCAGACUCCGCUUCAGUUCUAUUUGAUCGCAGGCGUGAUAUCAAUAAUAGCGUGGAACUGCGUACCGCUCGUGUUGCUAUUCGAAAAGGAUGUCUUCUGUUAUGAGGAUUACAGGAUACCAGUCGCUUUCUCUGACCAACCGUUCUCGACUACAACCUUCCUCCUGGGUACCUUUGUUCUAUCAGUCGGCACUCUGUAUACGUUUCUAAAGAAGGUCGGCGUGGACGUAUAUAUGGUUCACAUGGUGUUGAUGUUAACAGCGCAAUAUCGAUAUAUCGCGGUGCGGAUGACGACAAUAUUUCAAAAUCGAAAUAAAAACAAUGAGUACCAGAAAACGGGCUCUUCCGAAUGGGAGAAAACAGAGAUGAAAGCGUUGUGCCAACAUCACAACACUUUGAUUCAUAUAACUUUGCUACUGAAAGAGAUAUUGUCUCUAAACUUCAGCGUAUUGUAUAUGAACGGCGUACUGCGAUUCUGUUUUAUUGGUAUCAUGAUGAGUGCCAUACCUUCGACGACAUUCUGGGAAGCAGUAUCGAUCCUCAUGUAUGCGUCAGGGGCGAUAGUCCAACUAUAUAUUCUUUGCUCUUGCGUGCAGCAAUUAUUGGACGCGAGUACCGAGGUGACGGACGAAGCGUUUCACCACAAAUGGUAUAUGUGCCAAUCGCCGAUAAAGAAAAUAUUUAUGUUGAUAAUUAUGGCUAAUAACUUGGAGUGCAAACUCGCGACAUUCGAAAAAUUCAAUCUUUCCCUGCCCUCAUUCAUGAUGAUACUAAAUCAAUCGUAUUCGAUCGCCGUUCUGUUUCUAAAGAUGAAGUGA